UGAAUACUGUAGAGAUUUGUACAUUUGUGAUUCAGAAAAUAAAAAAAUCGGGUUCCUCUGGUUUAAGACUUUAAACGGCUAUUAUUUUAAAUGAAUCUAAUAGCUAUACUCUAUGGAAACAGCUCACAUCAACAAAAAACAAAACAAAAAAAAAACUCCACCUGAUGCACUUGAAAAGUAACUUUGGCAUCUGUGUGGCAAUUCUUUGUUGGUUUUCCAGGUGAUCGGUCAUCACAUUACCUUGACAACUCAAAUAUUGAAGUAGUGGUUGUAUUCCAGACAAGGAUGUGUCCAUUAAAAAAUAAAAUAAAAAGUGGUGUAUGAAACUAAGUGAAAGAAAGUGAAGUGGUCUUGAAGCUUUGAUGUUAUAGUAGACCUGCUAGAAAAAUUAGGACCAUUUAUGAAGAUAAAAUCUUCCAAGACAUGGUAAGACACCUGUACUUAUCAUUCCAUUUUUCAAGGACAAAAUUCACAUUCCACUGCUGGUAAAUCUAAUUUUCCUCAAAAACUAAUUGCAUAUUUCUAUUUAACUUGCCUUUGCUUUGAAAGCUCUUUGGUUGAUUAAAUCUCCAGUCUUCAGAUGGGAAGCUUUUCAGGGCAUGUGUCUGUGGUCACUGAGGUUUAGGCCUUCAAAGGCAAAUCCUAUUCCAGUGACAUGGGACUAAUAUUUUCCAUAUGCUGUCUUGGAAAUACUUGGAGCUCACGUAAAGCUCUUCAGCACAAGCUACUGACAUUUUGAAGUGUUUUUUUGGGGGGGCUUCUGUAGUGUGAAAUUUAAGAAUUUAUUUUCUUUGAGAGGUAAGGUAUCCAAGUCGCAACAUCUAGCUACCGGGUGACUCAGGGCUCAGUUCUUGGACUACUUCUCUUUUCCAUCUACAUGGCAUCACUUCAUUCAGAAACAUGGGUUUUCAUAUCACUGCUAUGCUGAUGUAACAUUAUGAAACUAUACUUUAUUAACAUUACCUAGUUCCCUUCACAGGUAUCUUAAAGGAUUCAAAGAAAGUGAGAAAAGGACUGGUAUACAAGAAAAUAUCAGUUUAUUAUCACAAAUGGUAUGGUUAAAAUGCAAUAACCAGGCCAACAAAAACUCAUCAACCCCGCACGCUACUUUUAUCUCCUUCUUAAUUCCAACCACGCCCCACAGCACCUGCGUGGUGAACCAAGCAAAGGAGGCUAGCCCGCAACAAACCUCCUCCAUAGGAAGGGAAUAGGUAUAAAUAGCCUACAUAGGCGUACAAGUCUUAAACACACUUAAUCUGGUCACACUGAUGACACUCAACUCCAUCCUGAUGAUCUGACAAUAGCUGAUCGCAUCUCUGCUUGUCUAACAGACAUCUCUUGUUGGAUGAUAGACCAUCACCUUCAACUCAUCCUUGCUAAGACAGAACUGAUUGUGGUUUCAACAAACCUAUCACUUUAUCAAAAUUUCACCAUCCAGUCAGGCUAAUCAACCAUAACUCAAAAACAAAAACAACUACAAACCUGCAAGUUGUGAUUGAUGAUAAGCUGCAUUUCUCAGACUACAUUGCUUUAUUUAUUUAUGAAUUUUUACAUUAUUAUUUAGUUUUAUCUUUGAUUCUGUGUUUUUUUUUUUCAACACCUAUUCUGUUUACUAUAAUUAUAUGUAAUACACUCUUCCCACCACAAUAACAAAUUUCAAGAUCUGUCUCAUGCUCUCUCUCAUGUGUCAGUCCCUGCGAGAGAAGUGGGAGCUUCUGAACAGGAGUUCUCUAGAAUCACAGAAGCUGGGGUUGAUGGAGGAAGUGUCCUGUCUAAAACUGAAGCUGGGGACGAUGGAAGAGAAACAUAAAGCUGAGAGUGUAGUGAAUCUGAUUAGCGAGCUUCAGGAGCAGAUGUGUAGGAUUCGGCAGGAGAUCUCUAGUAAGAUCCAAGAGAAACCAGCCGAGAUGGUCCCAGGGGAAAGUUGUGGCAGUGAGCCAGCACAUGCCUCUCUGACUGAGUCAAAGCCAGCGAACCUGCUUCAGGAGCUCAAUAUGCUCAAGCAUCGAGUUGACGAGCUGGAACAGGAGAAGAUGCAGUACGAGCAGAAACUCAAGGUGACACAGGAAGAGAUCAUGAGUUUACAGCAGCUGUUGAGCUGUAAGAACUCUGAGAUAGAGAGUCUACAGGCUCAGCUGCUCUCCAGAGCUCCAGUGUCUGUAGACAGCGCAGAAAGAGAGGGGAUAUACAGAAGGAGACUCAACACCAAACAUCAGGAGCUACAAAGGCUGAAGACAGGAAUGGAAACACUUAUUGAAGCAAAUGAUGAAAAGGAUCGUCAAAUAGAAGAACUCACUCUCCUCCUCAGCAAGUUCAGACAAAUGAAUUAUAUCAUGAAUUUAGUUCAAGACCCAGAAGACAAAUCAGCACAAAUAAGCAGUGAAGAUGGUAAUCAGAACGGGACUGUAAAGAUGAAGACUUUAACACAUAAAGCUCAUGCUGAGCUGACCUUUAGUAGCUCAUCUCCUCUGCUGUUUUCAUCAGUUUCUUCUCAGAAAGAUGCAAAUCCUAGGUCCAUCGGUAUGGGAGACUUUGAAGGCAGCCCAGCACAAAAGACUCAGCCAGCUGAUAACAAACGUCCAACACACCCAACAGAGAAGGGAGAGAGUGAAGUGAGUGACGCAUCGGAACAGAGGACACCAGAGAACAAGAAUGAAGACGUCAUCCUUAGAAUUACAGAGAAAAUUAAGGACAGAACAAAUUCUGACAUUUCUUCAGUGUCUUCUGGAGUUGACUCUGGCCAGCAGUCUCCUGUUUUACAAGAAAAUGUAAAAAAUAGCAGCAUACACAAACUUUGGGGAAAGAUGAAGAGGACAGGUGUGCUCUCAGAUGACAUUGAGCCCACUCACUUCAAGAGAGGAGGGUUCAGGGCCACUGCUGGGCCUCGGCUAACACAGACUCCUGAUUCUGGGUGCUCAUCCCGUGCACACAUACCUUUCUCUAAGUGGACGACAGAACAAGUGUGUGGUUGGCUGGAGGACAUUGGUUUGGGGCAGUAUGUCAGUUUGGCACGUCAGUGGGUGGACAGCGGAGAAACCCUUCUCUCUGCCACUCCGCAGGAGCUUGAGAAGGAGAUUUGUAUUAAACAUUCUCUGCACAGAAAAAAACUACAAUUGGCUCUCAGAACUUUUAGUAACAAGACGAGGGAGAAAUCUUCAGAACUGGAUCACAUCUGGGUUACACGUUGGCUUGACGACAUUGGUUUACCACAAUACAAAGAUCAGUUCUAUGAAAGCAAGGUGGAUGGUCGCAUGCUACAGCACCUAACAGUGAAUGAUCUCUUGUUCUUGAAAGUCACCAGUCAGCUUCAUCAUCUGAGCAUUAAAUGUGCCAUCCAUGUUCUCCACGUUAAUAAGUUUAACCCAAACUGCCUGAGACGCAGGCCAGGGGAUGAAAAUAAGACAUCUCCAUCCGAGGUAGUGCAAUGGUCCAACCAUUGUGUGAUGGAGUGGUUGAGGUCAGUGGAUUUGGCUGAAUAUGCUCCAAACCUUAGAGGCAGCGGUGUUCAUGGAGGCCUAAUUAUCUUGGAGCCUCGCUUUCAGUCAGAGACCUUGGCCAUGCUGCUCAACAUCCCUCCACAGAAAACCCUCCUCAGACGCCACCUCGCCACUAACUUUAACUCACUGGUUGGGCCUCAGGCCCAGCAGGAGAAACAGGAGUUUAACAAUGCCAAUGGGCAUGCACCCCUUACCACCACUGCCAAAGUCAGGCCAAAGAAGCUUGGUUUCACUCAUUUCCGACAACUAAGAAAGCUCAGAGUGGAAGAAUCAGCAGAUUAUAUCUGCCCUAUGGACACAGGGACCCCACCAGCUCUGUGUGGGACACCACAGCAGUCUUAUGGAAGCUUCAGGGGCAUCACCCCCAACCUGGCCAGAGACUCAGACAGACUGGAGAAGGUUGGGUCUAAAAACUGAUUAAUUGCUUCUUCAAUUUAACCAUUCUUAGCAAAACAAAGCAGUGCUUAUUGCCAGUAACACCAUAAACUGCCAGCACUGCAGCAUUAACCACAUCAGUCAGGAGAAGCCCCAAACAUAUUAUUCAGGGCAUCAUCUGGAAAUGCUGGAAAUGACUGACCAUGGGCUUUUAACAUUGGAAAUUAUUAUUAUUAUUAUUAUUAUUAUUAUUAUUAUUAUUAUUAUUAUUAUUAUCAUUAUUGUAGUUGUUGUUGUUUGUCUGUCUUUAGGUAAU